AUGGAAAAAUAUCAAAAAUGGAAAGAAAUGGAGAGUUACGUUGGACUCAAAGCGCGAAAUAAAAUCCGCCGAACUCAUUAUGUGAAUCUCAACAAACUUGUUUGGAAAUAUUUCGAAGAUUGUCGAGAAUCCGGAAUCAAACUAAAUGGAAAAAUGUUGAAAGAGCAAGCGAUGCGAUAUGCAAAUGUUUUGGGUCUCGAAUCAUUUCGAGGUUCCGAAGGUUGGCUGGAUGCUUUCAAGCGGCGACAUAAAAUUGAUUUGAGAACAAUGACGGGGGAUCCGGUUUGUUAUGAGAAUGAUUUGAUAAAUGGGGAGAGUAUGGAUAUGUCGAGCACGAUGAUUGAGAAUAUUAAUCAGCAGGUUGAUUUGAUUGAUAAGCAGGUGAGGAAAAAAAAAAUUUUGAAAAAAAUUUUUGCCGCGGGCCGGGACCGAACCCGAAACCUAAAAUUUCAAAGACCAGCUCGCUAACCACUCUGCCAUGCGCUGUUGUUUUUUCUUGCCUGCAAAUGUUUGACAUAUGAAACUGGGUCCGAAAAAUAGUUUUUUCGAAUCAAAUAUAAGAGUUUCCAGCCAAUUUUAAUUUUUUCCAGAAUCAAUCGCAUCUAAACCUCAAUCUCUCAAUUCCAAGCCUCAAUUCCACCAGCACCUCCCAACUUCCCCAAAAUUCAAAUUUUAUAAGUGAAGAAAUGACAGCCUCUCAAUUCCUAGAAGCUUUUGGAAAUGCAGCACUCACAGCAGAUUUGAGUGAGUUUUUCCUGUUUUUUUUUGAGUUUUGAGUGAGUUUUUUUUGCAGAUGAACCUGUCCACAAUAAUUUCAUGCCCAAUAAUUUGCCGAUCAGAAAAGAGGAGGAUUUCAAAAUGCCGCAUGAAAAAUUUUCCAAUGAAAAUUCAACGAUUUCAAAUAUUGUUCGAAGUUGUGCACUGCGAGUUCCAUCACCGGAAGUCACAUUUGCAUUGGACACAAUUCGAUCUUUUAUUUUGGCAAAUGAUCCGUCGGCUAUGGAUUCAUUAGUGCAGUUACAGCAGAAAAUUGUGGAGGUGAGUGGGGAAUUUUGGGGAACCUUUUGAGUUUCUACUGAAAAAAAUUGGUUUUUCUGAAAAUUUUUUUGAAAAUUCGAUUUUUUGUACCAAUAUUUGAAUAUUUCUGUCCAUACAACAAUUUUUUAAAUCAUUUUUCAACUCAAAACUUUUUAUUUUUCUAAUUUUUUGGGGAUUUUGUUGGAUACUUCUACUGAAAAACUUGAAAUUCUCAUUUUUGAAAUGCAAAUUUUCGGAAAAUUCGCAGGUUUUUCUGAACCUAGAGAUGAUUUUUUUGAAAAAUUCCCUAUAUUUUUAAAUAUUUUUUUUUUCUAAUUUUUAAAAAAAUUCCAAGUUGAACUUUUAGUGCAAAACAACAUUGCUGACUCAAUUUUUAUUGAAACAAAAUUUGAAUUUUCGAAAAAAUCGAUAAUUUUUAUCAUGUCCCUUUAAAAAUGCAACUUAGAACGUUUUUAAAGGGAGGUACAGUAACCUAGGACUUCAAUUUGAAAAUUAAAUGUUUUUAUUUUUGAAGGGAGAUACAGUUAUAUUUUUUUUUUUGAUAUAAAAUUUUAUUUUUUUCUCAAAGGGAGGUACAGUAACCCAGAAUUUCGAUUUGGAAAUUUUCCUUUUUUUUAUUCAUUCUUAAAGGGAGGUACAGUAAUCCAAACCAAAUUUUCCACAAAAAAUCAAUAAUUUUCUCGCCAUGUCCCUUUAAAAAUUCAUUUUUAUUCAAAGGGAUAAAAAUAGGUCAAAAAUUGGGCCGAAAUUUCUUAAAGGGAGCUACAGUACUCUUGGUUUUCAAUUUGAAAUUUAACAUUUAAAUUCCAAAAAUUCCAUUUAUUUUUUGAUUCUUAAAGGGAGGUACAGUAACCCAGAAUUUCAAUCUGGAAAUUUUCAUUUUUUUUUAUUCAUUCUUAAAGGGAGGUACAGUAAUCUAAACCAAUUUUUCCACAAAAAAAUCAAUAAUUUCCUCGCCAUGUCCCUUUAAAAAUGCUCAAUUCAAUUUCAGAUUGAUAAAAUGAAGUCAUCUUCUUCGUCUUCAUCAACAAUCGAAUGA